CUACUGCAUUCCCUUCACAUCAAUUUUGAGGUUUCAGCUGUUCUCAUUCCAAGCUGAGCUCACAUAUCUUGUAAGCUCGUGAAAAAUCCGUCUAUACCAUGUCUUGCACUGAUUAUAUUCUGGAAGACGACGAUGCAUUUGCUGGAUACAGGUGGUCCUACUUCUCAUCGAACGGAGAAGGUCCACUACACUUACGAGCCCAAAAAUUCCUUGAGUCCACGGAUUGGGGUUCGCUUAUCGAAUACGCGGCUGCAGAACGGAAUGGGAUGAAAUGCGGAUUGCUACCCGACAUUGGCCUUGGCUACAACCAUAUGGUCCGCAUUGUGGAAUUUGCAGAUCAGGUGCGGUGGGUGGCAAGACUCCGGCUACCAGAUCUUUCCCAGGCGAGAGACAGCCUAAGUAGUGCAAGAAGCGUUACGGAGUACAACACAAUUCAACUGGUUCAGAAGGAAACCAAGAUUCCGGUCCCACAAGUCCAUGCUUUUGAAGGCGACCCCUACUCUAGGGUCAAAACACAGUUUAUGCUGAUGGACUGCCUGAGAGGUAACGUGGGAAUGGAUCUUAAUAUGGAGAUUCCUUCUGAACACAAAACGUCCGUCUUUACUAGGCUGGCAGAUAUCCACAUUGAAAUGUCGACAAUACAGCUGCCCAAAAUUGGGACAAUUGCUGGUAUAAAUGAUGAUGGCUCGUAUCGUCAAGGCCCUAUACCAGGUCUGGGCGGCCCUUUCGAAACAGCUGCCGAAUUUUUCAGGGCAUGGUCUGCUAAAGUUGAAUUUGGUCUAUCGCAGGAUCAACUGAAAGAAGCCGCCGGCUCAUUCGCUGAUGAGCUGUCAGCCUCCGCCUCGUCCUUCAAGCAAUUGGUCAACGAUUUAGCAGGAGGAUUAUCCAUCCGUAACGGCGGUCCAUUCCCAUUAUGCCACGGUGAUUUCGGUCAUAACAACAUAAUUUUUGACGACAAAUACCGCUUGCUUGGUGUUAUUGACUGGGAAGGGGCAUUCGCGGGCCCGUGGGAGAUAUCAGGCGAAUUCCCAUUGACCCUGUCUAUAAUCCCGCCUGUUAUGGAUGUACCAUGGAAUUACGAUGAGAAUGGUCUUCCAAAGGACGCAAAGGAUAGGCAGCGACUUGUGGAUAGGGAGGACAUCUGCCAUGAGACUGUACCAAAGAGGUGGCCGUGGGAAUCCGCAUGCGUGAUGCCAAGACAAGAGUUGGUUAGAGCCGCCAUAAACGGCCUCCGAAGUAGCGCUUUUCGGCUGCUAACCGUCACAUCAGUAUAUGGGGUGAUGAUUUUGUUAGGCCACCUGGGACAGAAGAGCUCGAUCGCCACCAGCGCCAUUUAA